CCGUGCAUAGAAUUUAAUAUUUUCAACCAAGCAUAGCAUAUAUAUUCUAUGGUAUUGCGACACUAGUUUAUUAUACUAGUGCAUGUUUUGCGCUCAUAGGUUAACAUUACACACACAUGGGUUAUGGUUACGCCGCAACUCUACGUUGUCGCAUGGUGCAAGCAAGAUCACUCUGCAGCAACACUUCCGCAAUUUCACGUUACGGUCGCAUCGGUGAUAUACACAAUGCACGUAAGGUGUUCGACAAUACGCCAUUGCCACAAAGAACCAUCGCUUCCUGGAACGCCAUGGUCUCUGCCUACUUUGAAUCCCACAAACCUCGUGAUGCCCUUCUUCUGUUUGAUCAAAUGCCGCAAAGAAAUACUGUAUCCUUUAAUGGGAUGAUAUCUGGUUAUGUGAAAAAUGGAAUGGUUGCUGAUGCUAGGAAGGUGUUUGAUGUAAUGCCUGAACGAAAUGUGGUGUCGUGGACUUCGAUGGUUAGGGGCUAUGUUCAAGAGGGUAUGGUGGAGGAAGCUGAGAAGCUGUUUUGGGAGAUGCCACGUAGGAAUGUGGUGUCGUGGACUGUUAUGAUUGGUGGGUUGUUGAAGGAAUCGCGUAUUGAUGAUGCGAAGAAACUGUUUGAUAUGAUACCGGAGAAGGAUGUUGUGGUGGUUACUAAUAUGAUUGGUGGGUAUUGUCAGGUGGGUCGUUUGGAUGAAGCUCGCGAACUGUUUGAUGAAAUGAAGGUGAGGAAUGUGUUUACUUGGACUACUAUGGUUUCUGGGUAUGCAAAGAAUGGGAGGGUUGAUGUUGCAAGGAAGCUUUUUGAGGUGAUGCCGGAGAGAAAUGAGGUGUCUUGGACGGCUAUGCUUAUGGGGUAUACUCAGAGUGGGAGGAUGAAGGAGGCUUUUGAGCUUUUUGAAGCGAUGCCGGUGAAGUGGAUUGUUGCUUGUAAUGAGAUGAUCUUACAGUUUGGACUUGCUGGGGAGAUGCAUAGAGCUAGGAUGAUGUUUGAGGGAAUGAAGGAAAGGGAUGAGGGAACUUGGAAUGCUAUGAUUAAGGUGUUUGAGAGGAAAGGGUUGGACUUGGAAGCUUUGGGUUUGUUUGCUAGGAUGCAAAGGGAAGGGGUUGCGUUGAAUUUCCCUUCGAUGAUCAGUGUUCUUUCUGUGUGUGCCAGUUUAGCUAGCCUUGAUCAUGGCAGGCAGGUUCAUGCUAGGUUGGUGAGAUCUGAAUUUGAUCAAGAUUUAUAUGUUGCCUCGGUGUUGAUUACGAUGUAUGUUAAGUGUGGUGAUCUUGUUAGAGCAAAAGGGAUUUUUAAUAGAUUUCUGUUUAAGGAUGUUGUUAUGUGGAAUUCUAUGAUCACUGGUUAUUCCCAACAUGGGUUGGGAGAGGAAGCUUUAAAUGUUUUCCAUGAUAUGUGCUCGUCUGGAGUUCAGCCAGACGAGGUUACCUUCAUUGGAGUUCUUUCAGCUUGUAGCUACAGUGGCAAAGUGAAAGAAGGGUUCGAAAUUUUUGAAGCAAUGAAAUGCACUUAUCAAGUGGAACCAGGAAUUGAACACUAUGCUUGUAUGGUUGAUUUGCUAGGUCGAGCAGGCCGGGUUGAUGAGGCAAUGGAACUAGUAGAAAAGAUGCCAAUGGAACCGGAUGCUAUUGUUUGGGGUGCAUUGUUAGGUGCUUGCAGAAACCAUAUGAAGCUGGAUUUGGCUGAAGUUGCAGUAGAGAAACUUGCAAAGCUAGAGCCAAAAAAUGCUGGGCCUUAUGUCUUGCUCUCACAUAUGUAUGCAACCAAAGGAAGAUGGAGGGAUGUUGAAGUACUUAGGAAAAAGAUAAAUAGGAGAGUCAUCAAAUUUCCUGGCUGUAGUUGGAUUGAGGUGGAGAAGAAGGUGCAUAUGUUCACCGGGGGAGACAGCAAGAGCCACCCUGAGCAGCAUAUGAUCACACAAAUGUUGGAAAAGCUAAGUGGGUUUUUAAGGGAAGCUGGUUACUGUCCCGAUGGUAGCUUUGUGCUUCAUGACGUGGAUGAGGAAGAGAAGACACAUAGCUUAGGUUAUCAUAGUGAAAGACUAGCUGUAGCAUAUGGACUUCUAAAAGUGCCCGAAGGGAUGCCAAUUAGAGUCAUGAAAAAUUUGCGAGUUUGCGGUGAUUGUCAUUCUGCGAUCAAACUGAUCGCAAAAGUCACCGGUAGGGAGAUCAUUUUAAGAGAUGCCAAUAGAUUUCACCAUUUUAAAGAUGGUUCCUGUUCUUGCAAGGACUUUUGGUAGUUCCUGGAAACAGUUGCAUUUGGUCUCAGAUAUGAAUAAGCUGUUGGAGUAGAGGGUUGCUUUGCUCCUAAGCAUGAUGGGAUGAGAUACUAUCCACUUCAUUGGGCUGUAUUUAACAAUCAAGCAGAAACUCCAUAAUACAUUUGAGCUUUUCACUUGAAAACUACACACACCUGUAACAUACAAUACCUCAAAUAUUUGCAUUGAAAUAGAUGGAAUGAAAGCAUUCAUUUUCAAAGAACUGGCAGUUGAUACUGAGUACAAUUUUAACUGCUCACCUAAUGUUGUCCAAGGAGGUUAUAUUUUGUGAAGCUUUCAAACUGGUAUGUGGUGCACUAACCCGUAAACCCUUCCACCACGGAGCCAUGUUUCUGGAGCUCUUGGUGGAGUUGCAACCUAUAUCAGAGGAAGACUAUUGAUUGCAAGGUAACUUCAUUUGGUUGUUUUCCCUUCUUAUUUCCACCCUGGCAGGGCAUGAUUUCAAACUUUUAUGCAUCCUUUGUUUAUUACACAGGAGGUCUUUGUAGGUAUUGUGUCAGACUUCAAUAUGUACCAUCAUUGGGCAAUAGUGUCAGAUCAGAAAAUUGGAAAAAGUGGUUGACUCUUGAUGAUACAAGAUAGGAUUUAAUUCCAACAAAGAUGAUAUUAGGACAGAAUUUUGUAUGACCUUAGAUGUGUUUUAAGCACUCGUUAAAGUAGAAUUUGCCCCAGCUUGGAAAGAAAGGGAAAGACAAUCUCCUCGUGUGGUCCGGCUAAAUAAUUUGAUUGGGACAGUUAUUCAUAAAAUAGUGAUCUAUCUAGCAUGAUAUUCUCCAUUGCAGACAGAAUGAUAGGUUCCUAAAUUUACCAGAUUGUGUUGAGACGUCUAUAACUUUGGGACCAGAUUGUGGAGCUAGAAAAAUAUUGUUGCAAUGCUUUCAGGAACAGGAAGUUCUUUCCCAUAUAUUUCACUUUAUGAUUGCAAAGUUGCAUCAUCAGAAACAUUAUUAUAUAUGAUAGGAGAGGUCAUCUGUCAAAGAAAGUUGAUGUCAUGUGUAAAAGAGGGCCAAAGCCCCACUUGAAAGGCUAUUUAGAUGUUGAUGAUGUUUACCAAUGAGAUGUAUUGGAUUAAUCUUUUAUCAACAUUUGUAUUAUAGUUCAUACCGAACUUUAAAACAUAUAAUUUUAUUUUUAAAGGGCAACA